CUUAACGAGCAGUUCAGAUCCAGAAGAAGCACGCAGAAGUUACAUACCAGUACAUACACUGUAAUAAUUCCUUACUUCUCUACCUCCGUUCCAAACUGCCAACCCAAGGUUUUAAGCACAGAAACACCCGCGGAGAGCGGACUUCACUCCAUAGUCCGUCCAUCCACGCACUGACGCACACAGAAAUGGCGGAGGUGGCGGAGGUGGCGCAGCAUAGCGAGAGCCCUAAGACAGAAAUCAAGGAUUUGGCGCACGACAUCGAGUCGCAGAUUAAAGGAGCUAUGCGCUCUCGCGUUGCUUACUUCCAAGAACAAGCCGAGUACUCUCUCUCUCUCUCUCAAAUCAAUUGUUCCUUGACAUUUGAGGGGGUACGGAGAUUGUUAGAGAAAGACUUGGGGUUGGAGACAUAUGCUUUGGAUGUGCAUAAGAGACUUAUAAAGCAAUAUUUACUGGAGAAACAUGCGGCUAUGGAAGUUGAGGAUUUCCGCUCUAUAAGCCUGGUGAGUGGGGUAUACAAGAUUAUUUCGAAAGUUCUUGUUAAUCGGCUAAGCUUGGUAAUUGAACAAAUUAUUUCUAAGUCUCAUAAUGCAUUUAUGGCACUCUCCUCUUUUGUGAAGCGGAUCUUGGCCAAAUUCAAGCUUUACGAGCACUAUUUUUAUGCUUUGAAGCCGUGUUGGGGCUUAAGGGUGGUUGAUUUACUUGGAAGGCAAUUCAUGUCCCCAGUUGGUGGCAGUUUGGAAGAUGAUUCCGUUGUGCAUUAUGUGGUGUACUUGUGCUUAGAUGGUGCUGAUUCUGACAAUGCCUUGAAGACUUCUGGGGAUAUGGGGGAGAAAAGUGUGACCAGAGAAGUGGCUGACUCAUCUGAGGGGCUUCAUUCCAAGAAAGAUGUAAAGGAUUCGGAAGAAACUCCAGUUAUGGGCCUUUUGACAAGACAUAAAACUACCAAAGCUGGAUGUGAGGAAACUAAAGCCAGUGAAAAUAAGGAAGUUCCAAGUGAGAGCACGAUAAAGAAAGCUGUUAGAAAAAGAGCUUCUUAUAUCAAAGCUAAUUCCAUGAAAAUUACAAUGGCUGAACUUCGUCGACUUCUGGAGAAAGAUCUUGAACUAGAGAAAUAUACUCUUGACUCCCAAAAGAAGUUUAUUAGUCAACAAUUAGAUGAUGUGUUGCAAUCUUGUGAAUUUUCUGAAGAAAAACCUACAAGUAAUGUCAAGAAAGAUCUUAAGAAAACGUAUGAUGGGAAAGCAUCCAAAAGGGUCAGUAGUGAAGAGAGUUCUGAUUCCUCAGAUAGCAAGGAUGAUGAAGAAGAAGUGAAACCUCGAAAGAAAAAGGUUCCAACAGGAAAGAUGCAUAACUCUGAUGUUAAAAAACGGGGAAGACCUUCAAAGGAGACCAACAUAUCUAGUGGUAAGCAGAGGAAGGCUGCGAAAACAAUAUCAAAGGAAAAUUUUGAUUCAAAAGACGGUGAAAUGUCUCUGAAGAUGGUCAAUCUGAUGAGAAACCUAAAAAAAGACAAUUCAAACCCUGUAUAUGGGAAACAAGUGGAGCAUCUGAAAUCAGUUAUCAAAUCUUGUGGAAUGAGUGUUCCCCCAUCCAUUUACAAGAAAGUAAAGCAGGUGCCUGAGAACAAACGUGAGACCCACCUGAUAAAGGAGUUGGAGGAAAUAUUAUCCAAAGAAGGCUUGUCUGCAAAUCCUUUGGAAAAAGAAAUCAAGGAAGUCAGAAAGAAGAAAGAAAGAGCAAAAGAACUUGAAGGCAUUGACAUGAGUAAUAUUGUGCAAAGUUCACGUAGGAGGUCCACAGCCAGUUUUGUAGCUCCUCCAAAGCCCAAAGUUCCAGUUGAAAGCAAUGGUGACGAUAAUGAAGAUGGCGAUGAUGACAAAGAAAACGGAGAUGAUAAUGAUGAAGAUGAUGAUAAUGAUGAUGACAGUCAGAGUGAAGAGUUUAAUGAGGAUGCUGAUGAGGACAGUGAUUAAGUUCUUCAUAAGUGGACUUGCAAGAUUAUGGAUAACAGAAGCCGUACAAGUAAGAAUGUACACUGUAUUUUAUUAUUCUUCUGAUUUUUUUAAAUUUUGUUUUGGGUGUGGCAGUGGUUAGUCUUUGAUGGAUUAGUGAUCUACCAAGUUUUGUAUGCUGUCAUUGUGUAUAACGUGUGACAGGCAUGUGGCGGGUCUGUUUUGAUUAAUUUUACCACCCAAAAGAGCUCCCCACAUAUAUCUCGGUCACAUUGAUCGGGCAACAAUGAUGUUUUUUGGAGACUGAUAACAAUUGGACAACCCCUCAAGAAGAUUUGUAGCAUUGACUGUCGAUUUAUAUAAUUUCUGCAAGUAAAACUGUUCAGGGAAUGCAUUUUGUUAAUCGGGAAUUUGAAGGAAACGCAAGUCAGAAGACUCAAAGCCAAGUUCUUUAUGAAAUUUAUCCUUCAGGGCAAGACUUCCAAGCAAUGUUUUGAAUACCGGUGAUUGUUUCG